AUGUUAAGCAGCAGCGUUGCCAGCAGCAGCAGCUUAAUCAGCAGCAGCACCAUACUGUUGCCAGCUGCUGCUGCUGCCGGCCAAUCCGCAGCGUUGCAGCCAAAUGCCGCUGCUGCUGCCGUCUACCAGCAGCAAGCCAGCAGCAGCAGCAGCGGUAGCCAGCAGCAGCCAGUUGCCGGCCCAGCGUUGCUGCAGCAGCAGCAGCAGCAGCACAGCAGCAGCUGCUGCCGGCAGCAGCAACAGGCAGCAGCAGCCGCUAGCAGUACCAGCGAGCAGCAGCAGCAACCAGCAGCAGCACACCAGCCGCUGCCGUGUGUUGCUGCCGCCGGCGCCAACAGCAGCAGCAACAGCAGCAGUAGCAGCAGCAACAUCAGCAGCAUUAGCAACACAACCAACACCAGGCACCAGCAGCAGCAGCAGUUGCUAGCAGCAUUCAACAGCAGCAGCAGUUGCGUAGCAGCUGCUGCAGCACCCAGCAACACCAGCAGCAGCAGCACCAGCAGCAGCAGCAGCAGCAGCAGCAGCAGCAGCAUACCAGCACACAGCAGUCGCUGCCACUCAGCAGCAGCAGCAGCAUGCUGCUGCUGCCGUGCUACCAGCGUUGCCAGCACUAGCAGCAGCACCAGCAGCAUUACCGUCAGCAGCAUGUUGCCGCUGCCACCAGCAGCAGCAGCAGUCGCUGCUGCCACCAGCAGCAGCAGCAGUUGCUGCCGUUGCCACCAGCAGCAGCAGCAGCAGCAGCUGCCGCUAAUCACCAGCGGCAGCAGCAGCCGCUGCCACCAGCAGCAGCAGCAGCAGCAGCUGCCAGCUAAUCACCAGCGGCAGCAGCCGCUGCUGCUGCCGCCACAUCAGCAGCAGCAGCGAGCAGCUAGCUAA